AAUCGAUGGGCAGAGGGCGUGGAAGGAGGAGAACCAGGCAGUGCUGGCCUUAGCGUCCCUGCCCCCCGCAGUGCUUUGACCAGGAACAAAUAGCUGCUUUCCCUCUGCUUUGCCUAUGCCAUGCGUGCACCCAGGCCAGCGCUCACUGGCCAGGGUUGCCCAAAGGUGGUUGAGAUGCAAACUUAGGCAAAUACAACGCCUGGGUCCGGGUGCUCCGGGUGACUGGGCUCGUGCCAGCAGCUGCCCCGGGGUUUCUUCAACAGCUGCCUGCAGAGGACAGCAGUGAAUUCAGGUGAGUCCCGGCCUGACUUUAGGGUGGCUGAAGACCUAGAACAGCGUCCUUAGCGACCACUCCUGCCUUGGGCUGGGUGAGGGAGAGGAGCUGGCUGAGCUGGCCCCAGAUCUGUGGGGUUAUAGCUGGGGCUCAAAGAUGUAACUUGAAGUCCCCCACCCCAAUUCCUGUUGGGCUCCUGGUGCAUAAUGCCUCCAUGUGGCUGUUUAAUGAGAGAACUGGCAAGGGCCCUUGGCAGUGACUUGGGCAGGGAAGGAGCAGAGGAAAUUAUUGAAUCAAGGUGGAUCUAAACAGGGUGGUGGGAAGAGAUCCCAGCUGAGGCAGGAUCCGAGAAUGUCCAUCACUUGCUCCCUAGGCAGGAGGAACUGGUGCUAACCAAGUGUUGGAUCGGGGAAUGUCUUGCCAGGUUCCUCGGUACUGGGUUAGCUGGUGCCACAGGGGAGGGGAAAUCUGGCCCUGGCGUUUCUCCCCAGGGGCUCAGCAGACGCAUGCCCUGUGGCUAAAGUGGGGCCCUGAGAUUGGGCAAUGGUAGGAAAGGGCUGGCCAUGUCUGUGAACGGAGGGGAACAAAACAGUGUAAAUGGCCUCUGCCAACGCAGACGGCCCAGCCCCGAAACCAGCACAUUCCUGGCUAAUCAAACCCAGCUGAUGGCGUCUCACCGAGCCGACACUCUCCUAGCGCUGCGGCUGGGCCGGCUCCCUGGGUCAGGUUACACCAUCUGGCUUCAAUGACUGAAAACUGGGGGAGACAUGGGGGGGGGGAGCGGUUACGGUUUGGGCUGCUGUGAGCCUGGCCCCUCUAACCCGUUCUCCUCCAGAGCCUGCAGUCAGGGCGUGUCCCUCCCUGCAGUGCAACAGGGAGCGUGGAUAGAGCAGUGCCCAUGCCCCGUCUGUGCCCGGGCUAGUGUGCUGGGUAGCUGGCCCCACCCCAGUGCUUGGCAGGCAGGGAGCACCCAGUGGGCAGGAGAGAUCCCUGCAGUGUUCCUCCCUGGCGAGUCCCCGGUGCAGGGCACGAUGGCUCUGAGCAGCGCUUUCAAGGCAGUUAACAACAUGCCCGGCGUCAUCGUCUGGAGGGUCGAGAAAAUGGACCUGGUGCAGGUGCCGCCAAAAUCCCAUGGCAGUUUCUAUGAGGGUGAUUGCUACAUCCUCCUCUCGACCCGGCGCUCGGGCAGCGUCCUGGCCUACGACAUCCAUUACUGGGUCGGGAAGAGCUCCUCCCGGGAUGAGCAGGGCUGCGCUGCCAUCUACACCACCCAGCUGGACGACUACCUAGGCGGGAGCCCCGUGCAGCACCGGGAGGUGCAGGGCCACGAGUCGGACCUCUUCAAAGGCUACUUCAAGCAGGGCAUCAUCUACAAGAAGGGCGGCGUGGCCUCGGGGAUGACACACGUGGAGACCAACGUCUACGAUGUCCGGCGCCUGCUGCACGUCAAGGGGAGACGGAACGUCACGGCCACCGAGGUGGAGAUGAGCUGGGACAGUUUUAACCUGGGAGACGUGUUCCUGCUGGACCUGGGGAAGGUCAUUAUUCAGUGGAAUGGCCCGGAGAGCAACACCAGGGAGCGGCUGAAGGCCAUGCUCCUGGCCAAAGACAUCCGCGACCGGGAGCGCGGGGGGCGGGCGGAGAUCAGGGUGGUGGACGGCGACCGGGAAGGAGCCAGCCCGGAGCUGACAACGGUGCUGCAGAGCGUGCUCGGGGACAGGCCGCGGAAGAUCAAACCCAGCACCCCGGACGAAGUGGUGGACCAACAGCAGAAGGCCACCGUCCUGCUCUAUCGCGUCUCGGACUCUGGAGGGAAAAUGCAGGUGCUGGAAGAGGCCACGAGGCCGCUAGUGCAGGAGCUGUUGAACCAUGACGACUGCUACAUCCUGGAUCACGCCGGGACCAAGAUCUACGUCUGGAAGGGGAAGGGGGCUACCAAGGCAGAGAGGCAAACAGCCAUGGCCAAAGCUCUGGAGUUCAUCAACAUGAAGGGCUACCCCUGCGGCACCAACGUGGAGACGGUGAACGACGGAGCCGAAUCCGCCAUGUUCAAGCAGCUGUUUCAGACGUGGACCGUCCGGGACCAGACGGUGGGGCUGGGCAAAGCCUACAGUGCUGGCAAAAUAGCCAAAGUCAGCCAGGAGAAGUUUGAUGCCAUGCUGCUGCACGCCCGGCCCGAGCUGGCCGCCCAGGAGCGGAUGGUGGAUAACGGGGAAGGGAAGGUGGAGGUCUGGAGGAUCGAGAAUCUGGAGCUGGCGCCGGUGGAAUCCCAGUGGCACGGCUGCUUCUACGGCGGGGACUGUUAUCUGGUGCUUUACACCUACGGCGUGAACCACCAGUCCCGCUACAUCCUGUACAUCUGGCAGGGCCGGCACGCCACGCCGGACGAGCUGGCCGCCUCCGCGUACCAAGCGGUGGAAGUGGACCGGCAGUUGGACGGGAAGCCGGUGCAGGUGCGCGUGAGCAUGGGAAAGGAGCCGCGCCACUUUCUGGCCAUCUUCAAAGGGAAGCUGGUCAUCUUUGAGGGUGGGACAUCCAGGAAAAGCAGCAACGAACCAGAACCGCCCGUGAGGCUCUUCCAGAUCCAAGGAACCGACCAAUCCAACACCAAAGCCGUGGAAGUCCCAGCGUUCGCCUCGUCGCUCAACUCCAAUGAUGUCUUCCUGCUCCGGACGCAGACCGAGCACUACCUGUGGUAUGGCAAGGGCUCCAGCGGGGACGAGCGGGAAAUGGCAAAGCAGCUGGCUGCAACCAUCUGUGACGGCACCCAGGAAACCGUGGCCGAGGGGCAGGAGCCAGCAGCGUUCUGGGAAGUGCUGGGAGGCAAAGCCCCUUACGCCAGCGACAAAAGGCUCCAGCAGGAGGUCCCAGAUCACCCGCCCCGGCUCUUUGAAUGCUCCAACAAGACCGGACGCUUCGUGGUGACGGAAGUGACCGACUUCGGCCAGGAUGACCUGAGUGAAAGCGAUGUCAUGCUGCUUGACACGUGGGACCAGGUCUUCUUGUGGCUCGGGAUGGACGCUAACGCCACGGAGAAGGAGGCAGCGCUGGCCACUGCUCAGGAAUAUCUCUGCACCCACCCCAGCGGGAGGGACACUGACACGCCCAUCUUGGUGGUCAAGCAGGGCUUUGAGCCCCCCAACUUCACCGGGUGGUUCUCAACCUGGGACCCCCACAAAUGGAGCGAAGGGAAGACUUACGAGCAGCUGAAGGAGGAGCUGGGAGAUGCUUGUGCCGUUGUCAGGAUCACAGCCGAUCUGAACAGGACGGCUCUCCCCCCCGGCCCUGGGGCCCAGAGUGCUGGCGUGGCUCAGAUCUACCCUCUAGAAGUGCUAACCAACCAUGAGGAACUGCCUGGAGACGUAGACCCUGCCAAGAAAGAGAAUUACCUCUCCGAAAGUGACUUUGUGACUGUGUUUGGAAUCAGGAGGGAGGAAUUUGCUGCUCUUCCCAGCUGGAAGCAGAUCAACUUGAAGAAGGAAAAAGGGCUCUUCUAAUGAAGAGAACAGCACCCCCAGCCAACAGGUGGAGAAUAUCCAGAGCCCCACAUCAUAGGGGUGGGCUCUGGCUUAUCGGGACUGAUGCAGUA